AUGACUAGCCAACUCCCCGAUAACCUCCCCUGGGACCCCAACUGCACACAAUUCCCCUCUCGAAAGGAACUCCCCAAGAUCCCCGGCGCGCCGGAAGGUGCGGCCUGGGUAUGGGGGAAGGAUGACCAGAUCGGACGUCUGAACCUGCUCACUCCGACCAGAGUCAAAGCCGCAGCUGCGGAGGUGAAGACUGGGGAGAUGUUCCGACUGGAUCUUCCGGUCAACGUCCCCGAGACACCGGCGUUCGGACGCGAGUGCUUCCAGCAUAAUAUCAAAACGAUAGCAAAGGACAUCGCAUACGACGAUACCUACACUCUGAACACCCAGAGUGGGACUCAGUGGGAUGGAUUUCGUCAUUUCGGCCACAUCGACAGCAAACUCUUCUACAACGGAACAACCUCAACCGACAUCGAACCCGGCCCUAACAGCACAACCCGCGGUAGCAUCCACCACUGGGCCACCCACGGAAUCGCCACCCGUGCCCUCCUGCUCGAUUACCGCCACUACGCAAACACCCACAAUAUCACCUACGACCCCUAUACCCGCCACCCAAUAACAAUGGCCGACCUACAUGCCUGCGCGCAAACUCAAGGUCUUGAUCUCCGCCCCGCCUCACAGGGCGGCGACGUCCAAAUUGGGGAUAUCCUCCUCAUCCGGUCCGGGUUUGUCGAACGAUAUAACGAGCUCUCCUCAGCCGAGAGACACGCGGCUGCGACACGUGCGCAUGAGGAUCUAUCUUGGACGGGACUGAACCAGGAAGAAGAGGUGUUGGAUUGGUUGCAUGAUUGUUAUUUUGCGGGAGUGGCGGGGGAUUCGCCGACUUUUGAGGCUUGGCCGCCGGAGAAGGAAGGGGGGUUUAUUCAUCAGAAUAUUUUGGCGCUUUGGGGCAUGCCUCUUGGGGAGAUGUGGGAUUUGGAUGCGGUUGCGACGAGGUGUAGGGAGUUGGGCAGGUGGACGUUCUUUUUGACUAGUGCGCCGGCGAAUGUUGUGGGUGGGGUUGGGUCGCAUGCUAAUGCUACUGCUAUUUUGUAG